AUGCUCGUCGUCGGUCUCACAGGAGGGAUCGCAACAGGAAAAUCAACAGUAUCAUCCCUCCUCUCAGCUCACCAAAUUCCAGUAAUCGACGCCGACCUCCUAUCCCGGGAAGUAGUGGCCCCCCACUCCCCCGGCUUGGCGGCAAUAACCCGUCUUUUCGGCCCCGGCGUCCUGCUACCCGAUGGAGAGUUGGACAGGAAGAAACUCGCCGAAAUCGUCUUCCAAAACCCGGGGAAGAGGAAAGAGUUGGAGAGGAUUGUUCACCCCCGGGUGAGACGGGCGAUGUUCAUGCGUGUGCUGGGAGCUUGGGUCAGGGGGGAGAGGGUCGUCGUACUUGAUAUACCGUUGUUGAUCGAGACGGGGUUGUAUGCUUGGGUGGGGAGGGUGGUGGUCGUGUAU